CCCCUCGGUGCGCUCAAAGCCGCGCGAAUGAAAUAGCAGAUAUGAAUUCUCGUCGUUCGUCUUGCUCGCGACUUUUUUCUUUUUUCGCAUGACCGCCAACGAGUCGACCGUCUGGUUGCAUAUGAAACUCGCUUUUCGUCUCGCAGUAACCGGGACGGUUCUCGCUGUGAUUCCCAGAUAAGCAACGCCGAGAAGCGUAUCAAAUAUCGAAUGCGAAUGCAAGAAGGAUGCGACAGUAAACGGCCGAAUGAUCGUGAUUGGUGUGCGUACAUGUACAACAAAUAUUGGAGAGUGAUGACCGCUAGAAAAGACAUUUGUUCCAAAUAAUAACGUUCGAGGAGAUCGGAACAAAGAACGAGUCGACGCACGAUGGCACGUGAGAAAGCAACUACGAUUUUCGGACGUUUUCAAAUCUUCAUGGAAGACGAAAUAGGAACGGGCAAACUCGUUACCUAUGGGAUCGCCAGCACUGCUUUAUUUCUUGCGCUACACAGAAUUAGACCGUUUGCGAAAUUCAAGAAACCGUCCGACGUUCCAUUUCAUUUUUUGCAAUCACAUGUGCCAUUACAAGGCACCGUUAUGCGCGUGGAGCCGAGCGAUGGUGCCCUACUAAUGGUCGAUCAUCAACCUUUACUGCCUUUUCCCCGAUUUAGCCAAACGAGUUACUUACCUGUCAAGAUUGGUGAUGUUAAUGUUACGGGUAACGGUAUAAGUUGGUUGCAAUUUGUAGUCAGUGGAAAACUUAUAACAUUUGUACCUAUAAUCAAGGAAAAAGAUUACUUAAAAUGUACAGUUACGAUACCACAAAAAGAUCAGGAUUCAUUAAAAAUUGGUGAAGAGUUAGUGAAAUUGGGCCUAGGUACAGUACAUGAAUCUGGCAUAAGGCUGAAAGACAAAAAUGCUUUAGCAUAUACAAAAUCUCUAAUAAAUGCUCAAAAGUGGGCAAUACGCAGGAGAAAUGGGCACUGGCAUUUCGUUAGACAGCCAACAGUACUCUGGAAAACUCAAAUGUUUAUAAUAAAUAAAAUGAAGUCAUUAUUGCCUGCUUACAUAGUGAGACAGCUUGAUAUUUAA